GACGAGUUUGCUACAAUGAAGUCUAUUCAAGUCCUCUUAUUACUCCUCCUGACCUACACAUCCCUCUCCUUAGAGGUUGGCAUUCGAGAACCAGAGCCUAUAACACGAUCUGGUAGAUCUAUUUUCCAGUCCCUGCGUAAAAGAUGGGGGUUCUUUAUGCGAGGCUUCCCAAUGGAAUCCCCCACAUCCACGGGCGAUAUAUGGCCAAAUAAUAUAACCGACAUAAUUGAACAAGUUGUCGCCCUCUCCUCCUACAUUGUGGACACCGUAAAAGCAGACGAUGCUACGUUUAUCCAGUUUUUUGGGUCUCCAGCAUAUUAUGAUAAUGUUAUGGGUUCGUCUUUCAAUCCCACUUCCCUAUCUUUAUCCCUUCAAGAUGCCAAAGUGCCAAAAGAAAACGCGCGCUACCAAGUGGAAGCAAGGAGUCCACUUUUGCAUUUACUUUCUCCAUAAAACAAAAUCGUCUGGCCAACUGGACACACGUUCCCAAGCAUUUGAACCUCAUUUCGACCCAUUCAUCGCACUCAAUGAUACCCACUUUGUACGCACUUUUUAUUUUUUGGCACUCUGGCAUCUAGAAGGGAUAGGACUAAUUGAUCUAUAGGUAUCUUCUCUCGUAUUGCAAAUAUCGAUAGCGAAACCAGGGGCAGAUUUACUGAAAUUCAAAUUUAUGGAGACCAAAAUAAUCGCUUUCAUAAGAUACCAAUGGAACUCGCGGGAGAAUUCGAACUAAUAAAUGGUGCUCCGACCAUAUGGCUAUAUUGGCUUUUUACGUUGUAUGAGGAUGUCUGGUGGUUGAACCCCAAUUGGGGGGAUCAACCAAUUGAAGGCCAACUAUCAAGUCUAGUCAAAACAAGGCAGUGUGCUAUUCUGCAUGAGUUGACACAUGUUGUUGGAACUCUGGAUCUUUAUGGGCCUGUAAUACCUGGGACCGACCCUGCGACUGGUACGUUUAAUUUCGCUCACUCCUUCGGAAUGCGGAUGUUCUUUGGGACAAACAGAAAGUCAAAGAAAAGCAAGAUUGACAUUUACGACAGGCAUAUCUGACGGGGGAGAAAUCUUAGACCAUAGGAUUGCAGACGCAGCAACUGGUUGGGGGGAUAAGGUACUUGUACAACCCUGUUUCUUUUUCGGAUUAAGGCUAAACAUUAUUCUAGAAAUUUCUUUGGAAGCACUUGAGUCACGACUUUUUCCCCAAACUGUGGAGUAAAAAGGAUUUGGAACUGUUGAAGGUCUACAACGAGAAACCAGUUCUCCUUCUGCCUCAGUUAAAAUCGGGGCCAAUAUAUGCAGCCCAUAAUGCUGAAAAUUAUGCAUUAUUUGCUAUGGGUAAGCUAAACUGGAGCCCUUUUUUAUAUUUACUUGGACAAUAGGAAUACUAAUUUGAAUGCGUGAAGCUUUAUUAGCUAAUUGGAAUUCGAAUGGGCAGAUGGUGCCUGAGAGGGGGGAGCCUGCCUUUUGGUGGAAAACCGCCACCCGAAGGGAUCCAUUUGAGUAUUUACCGCCACCAUAUGAUGUUCAAGGAGAGAGGCAAUUCAAGCUCUUUUGGAUCAAUACUGGAAGAACCCGGGGGAUAUAAGGUAUAUUGAUAAGGGAACAAUCUGAUGGAGUAGGUCGAAAAUCUUAUUAUAUCGAUUACUAGAAUUAUUACAAAUGCUUGAAUAGUCA